AUGCAAGCUCCAAUUAUUUUAUUAAAAGAGGGCACCGAUUCCUCACAAGGGAAGCAGCAAGUCCUCAGUAAUAUUAUGGCUUGCCAGGUUGUAGCUGAUGCUGUCCGAACAACAUUGGGUCCCCGUGGGAUGGAUAAACUUCUCGUUGAUAAUAAUGGUAAAGCUACCAUUUCUAAUGAUGGUGCCACCAUUGUGAAAUUAUUGGAUGUUGUUCACCCAGCUGCCAAAAUGUUAGUGGAUAUUGCCAAAUCUCAAGAUGCUGAGGUUGGAGAUGGAACCACUAGUGUUGUUCUGCUGACUGCUGAGUUUUUAAAACAUGCCAAACCAUUUAUUGAAGAUGGUGUUCAUCAACGUGUCAUCAUCAGAGCUUUCAAGAAAGCAGCUGCAAUGGCUGUGGCCAGAUGUAAAGAAGUUGCCAUCUCUGUGAAAAAAGACGAUGAAGAAGAGCUGCGACAUUUGUUGGAGAAAUGUGCUGCUACUUCUCUCAGUUCCAAAUUGGUUUCUCUCCAAAAGGACUUCUUUGCUAAAAUGGUUGUAGAUGCUGUGAUGUCACUUGAUGACCUUCUGCCAUUAAGCAUGAUUGGUAUCAAGAAAGUUUCUGGGGGAGCCUUGGAGGAUUCCCAACUGGUUAUUGGUGUGGCAUUCAAGAAAACCUUUAGUUAUGCAGGUUUUGAGAUGCAACCAAAAAGUUAUAAAGAUCCAAAAAUUGCAAUGCUUAAUAUUGAAUUGGAGUUGAAAGCGGAAAAGGAAAAUGCUGAAGUGCGGAUUGAUAAUGUAGAGGAAUAUCAAUCCAUUGUUGAUGCUGAAUGGAACAUUUUAUAUCAAAAACUAGACAUAAUCCAUAAAAGUGGAGCCAAAAUUGUUUUGUCCAAAUUGCCCAUUGGAGAUGUUGCCACACAAUAUUUUGCUGAUAGAGAUAUGUUCUGUGCUGGUCGAGUGCCAGAGGAAGACCUUCAGCGAACUAUGAAAGCAUGUGGAGGUGCCAUUCUGACAACAGUGCAGAACAUGAAUGACGAUAAUUUAGGGAGAUGUGCUGCCUUUGAAGAACAACAAAUUGGAGGUGAAAGGUACAAUCUCUUCACUGGUUGUCCUGAAGCCAAAACAUGUACCCUAAUCUUGAGAGGCGGUGCUGAGCAAUUCAUUGAGGAGACUGAACGAUCAUUGCAUGAUGCUAUCAUGAUCGUAAGAAGAGCCCUUAAAAAUUAUGCUGUUGUUGCUGGUGGUGGUGCUAUUGAGAUGGAACUCAGUCGUUAUCUACGAGAUUAUUCCCGAACAAUUGCUGGUAAGGACCAAUUGUUAAUUGGGGCGUUGGCGAAAGCACUGGAAGUCAUUCCACGACAAUUGAGUGACAAUGCUGGAUUUGAUGCAACCAAUAUAUUAAACAAAUUAAGACAAAAACACUCACAAGGUGAAAGUGGUAUUUGGUAUGGUGUUGAUGUGAUGAAAGAAGACAUCACAGACAACUUUGAAGCCUGCAUUUGGGAACCAGCAGUUGUAAAAUGCAAUGCCAUUAUGUCAGCAACAGAAGCCACAUGUCUCCUCUUGUCAGUGGAUGAGACAAUCCGUAAUCCAAAGUCUGAAGGCCCAAAUGAUGGUGGUAGAGGAAGAGGUCGACCAGCAUAA